AUGACUACAGGUAUUGCCGAAAGCUGGAACAAUGUCAUUGCUGAGGCACGUGGGUGGCCAAUUACUUGUCUCAUGGAAUUUAUGAGGCACACUUUACAAAAAUGGUUUUUCGAGCGUCGAACUGCAGCAUCAGCAGCUACAAGUCCUCUUGCCACAGAAGUGGAAGCUGAUUUGCGAAAGUUAGCAGACAAGUCCACUACCUCGUUCUCUUUUCCGUCUAGUCAGUAUGAAAUAACAGUAUUGGAUGGUGAUCUUGAUGGAGAUGUCGACCUGAGGAGGAAAACAUGUAGUUGUAGAAGAUUUGAUUUGACAGGUCUUCCUUGUGAACACGCUCUAGCUAGUGCUCGAGAUCGUGGCAUUAGUCCAUAUAGUUUAUGCUCCAGAUUCUACACAGUUGAAGCGUGGUUGUCAUCCUAUGGUGGAUCUGUAUAUACGCUGGGUAAUGAAGAAUCUUGGGUGAUACCAAAUGACAUAGGAAGUAUGAUGAUAGCUCCUCCUUUAGUGAAGCAGAAGGCUGGUCGUCCAAAGAAGAAACGACGUUUAUCAAAGGGUGAGAAGAAUAGCAAACAACAUAGAUGUAGUAGAUGUGGUGUCCUGGGCCACAAUCGAGUGACGUGCACCACUGUUUGUCCCCCGCCGUCUAGACAUGCUUAG